AUGGUUACCCAUUUCCCCUUCCUCUCAUACAUACUCACCAUUGUUUUCUUCUUAACAACUUUGCCACAAUCCUACUCUCAAAAAAAUGACUCCUACUCUAUUUGCAGCCAAUCAUUCAGUUGUGGAACUCUCACAGACUUAUCCUAUCCUUUCUGGGGAGGGAACCGACCCCAUUUUUGUGGCAGCGAUGGGUUCAAGCUCACGUGCAUGGAUAACCAAACCACUUCAGUUCAAGUUGGCUCACAAAAAUUCAAUGUACUAAAUAUUAACCAAACGGCUAGUACCAUGAGAAUGGUGCGAACAGACCUUGUCUAUGAUAGCUGUUCUUCCAAUUUUACCAACACUUCUCUGAGUGCCAGUCCCUUUAGUUUUCUCCCAACUGUUCAGAAUGUCACUAUAUUCUACGAAUGCCCUUCUGAGAAUUCAAUUGUGGGGAACACUUUUACGUGCCAGAAUGAUAGCAAUAAACAUGCUUUUUAUGUGGUCAAUGGAACUCAGCUUCAGCAGUUCCCAGGCCUUCUGAACUGUGGGGUUAGUGUUCGAGUGCAAGUUUCACGGAGUGUUGUUUGGGACUCUGAGGGUGGAGUUGGUGCGUUGAAGAAAGCGCUUGAUCAAGGGUUUGAUGUGCAGUAUGAUGCAAAGUGGUCUUCUCAGUGCACAGCAUGCAAGGAAUCUGGAGGAGCAUGUGGAACGAAUGAGAAUGAUUCGACUCAGUUUUCAUGUUAUUGCUUGGGUGGAACUCAUGGUUCAGCGUGUCCUUCUCACAAAAGUCGAACGAUGAACAGAGUGUUGAAGCUGGUUUUAGGUUUCGUAGCUACUGGAAUUGGACUACCUCUUAUUGCUGUCAUCAUAUGCCGUAAUAAAGCCAUGCUGUGGAAGAUUAUAUUAACACAGUUUGGGAAGAUAAAAAGAAAUGAUCGAGACAUAGAAGCCUUCCUUGCAAGUCAAGGUCCUCUGAGUUUAAAAAGAUAUAGUUUCUCUGAUGUAAAGAAAAUAACCGACUCCUUCAAAGUUAAACUGGGAGAAGGUGGUUAUGGUUCUGUAUACAAAGGAAAAUUACUCGAUGGUAGCUUUGUGGCUGUAAAGUUACUAAACGAGUCCAAAGGGAAUGGCGAAGAAUUCAUCAAUGAGGUUGCCAGCAUAGGUAAAACAUCCCAUGUUAAUGUUGUCACUCUUCUUGGAUUUUGUCUUGAAGGAAACAGAAAAGCUCUUGUCUAUGAAUUCAUGUCCAAAGGUUCCCUUGAAAAGUACAUUCACAACAAGGCAACUGAAACUACUCCAUCCUUGAGUUGGGAUAACUUGUACCAGAUUGCAAUAGGGAUAGCUCGAGGACUUGAGUACUUGCAUAAAGGAUGCAACACUAGGAUUUUGCAUUUUGACAUUAAACCACAUAAUAUCCUUCUGGAUGAAACUUAUAGCCCAAAGAUAUCAGAUUUCGGGCUUGCUAAGCUCAGCACAAGGGAUAAUAGCAUUGUUUCAAUGUCAAAUGCUAGAGGGACAGUUGGGUAUGUAGCUCCCGAAGUGUGGAAUAAAAGUUUUGGUGGUGUUUCACAUAAAUCUGAUGUUUAUAGCUAUGGAAUGAUGCUGCUAGAAAUGGUUGGAGGACAGAAGAACAUUAAUGUUGAAGCCAGUCGCUCGAGCGAGAUAUAUUUUCCUCAUUUGGUUAUUUAUAAGAAGCUUGAGCUGGGAAAUGAAUUAGGACUUGAUGGGAUAAUGUCCACAGAUGAAAAUGAGAUAGCUAAGAGAAUGACUAUGGUGGGUUUGUGGUGCAUUCAGACAAUUCCUUCUCACAGACCCACAAUAAGUAGAGUGAUUGACAUGUUGGAAGGUAGCAUGGAUUCCCUGGAAAUGCCACCAAAACCUGUUCUGUGUUCUCCUCCAAGAUCAACAACAGAAUUUUCCACUACAUCAAAUUCACUUAAUAGUGUCUGAUGCUGCUGCAGGAGUUGCAUGUUUUCUUUCAAGAUUUCAAACAUAAAAAAUGUUGAUGAUAAA